UGAAACAGUGGGCAUCUCCAAAGUAUCCUUUUGGUGGUAGGUACAACUACACGCAACCGAGCUUCGUCGUCUUGAGUGGUUCUUCCAAUCGGUACCCUCUCUACUGUGAACCCUCUCCACAGUACUCGCACUAGGCUGACAACCACCAUACUUACCUUACGGCGCCGAACAGGCUUUUUCACCUUCGCUGCGGAGCUUUAUAAAAAUGAUACUUUCGUACCAAGGGACUUGGUCUUUCUAUUGCACAAUCAGAAUUGACCAUCUGCCAGCGUCUAGUAAGGGGUACGUCAUGCGAACAUGUGCUCCACAGAACCACUUCAACAGCAAUUACUGGUCACAGCAUUUCGAUUUGUGCGCAUGUAGUGAUUUGUUUUACCAACCGAGAUCAAAUUAAUCUACAAGAAAAGGUCUCUUGUUGUUUACUCAUCUCCCCUCAAACACCUCGCCAUCCGCAUAUCAUGGAGCAUCCUUCAGAGCUCUCUGAGAAAAUUACUGACGCCCCCGAGGGGGGUCCCUCAGCGCAGACCCCGAAGCCCAAGGGUAAGCAAACUUCCAAGGGCAAGGAGUCCGUCGCCAGUGGCUUCAUGUACGGACCCGUGCCGGGUCAGUAUUUCCGUUCACGCCGCGUGAAGCCUGAGGAUGUCCAGAUGCCGUGGCUCGACAAGCCGCACCCAAGGCAAAAAUGGGGAACGAUUCUUCCUCUUGUCGGCCUUGGUCUUGGCCUUAUGGUGACCGCCAUCCUGAUCUGGGACGGUUUCAGAGUCAUCGGCAAGCACAAGUACUGCGAGAUCUUCCACGACGAAUUUAAGUCACUGAACGAGACUGUCUGGACCAAGGAAGUCGAGCUGGGUGGCUACGGCAACGGCCAAUUCGAGAUGACUACUGGCACGGAUGAGAACGUCUUCGUCAAGAACGGUGAACUUAUCAUCAAGCCGACUCUCCAAGAGGAGCACUUCCUUGGAAGCAACUACACCCUUGACCUACGUGGCCAUGGGUGCACGGGUUCCGGCUGGAGUGACUGUGUCGCCACCACCAACACGACCAACGGCACGAUCAUCAACCCCGUCAAGUCCGGCCGAAUCAACACUAGGCGCGGCGCCUCAAUCAAGUACGGCCGUAUCGAGGUCGUCGCCAAGUUGCCUUCUGGUGACUGGCUAUGGCCCGCUAUCUGGAUGUUGCCCAAGGACAACGUAUAUGGCCCUUGGCCUCGCUCCGGUGAGAUCGAUAUCGCCGAAUCUCGCGGUAACGAUCCCAGUUACGCUCAGGGUGGCAGGAACGUUGUCUCGAGCACGUUGCACUUUGGCCCCGACCCCAACCAUAACGGCUGGUGGCGCAACAACGUCAAGCGCGAGGCGCUACACACUACAUACGCCGCCGGUUACAACACGUUCGGUAUUGAGUGGAGCGAGAAGUACAUCUUCACUUACAUCAACACACGCUUGCUCCAAGUCAUGUACACGCACUUCGACCAGCCCUUCUUCAAGUACGGAAACUUCCCCCUCGCCGAUGCCAACGGCACCCGUCUCGACAACCCCUGGAAGCACACCAAGGGCAACGCUGCUCCAUUCGAUCAGGAGUUCUACCUCGUCAUGAAUCUGGCUGUCGGCUCAACCAACGGCUGGUUCGAGGAUGGCAAGAGCGGUAAGCCAUGGAUCGAUAGGAGCCCUCGCGCCAAGCUCGACUUCUGGGAGGCCAAGAACCAGUGGUUGCCUACGUGGAAGAACGACGGACAGAUGAAGGUUAAGAGUGUUACUAUGUGGCAGCAAGGUGGACACAAUGGGUGUAAGGCUUAAGGUGUCUAACGCUAUUGGGUGGAAGAGAUGGCAGGCUUCGUAGACUUGACUCAUUGCCGGAAGUACUGCGCAGGUACAAGUCCGUAUGGAGAACCUCGCUGUCUGUAACAGUAAUACCUAAUGCAACGACCUUGUCUCAAGGGAUCCAGGGUCUCGUAAUUUGUUUGGUGUUCUAUGGUUUGUCGUACACACAGUGACAAACGCGAUCUCAUCGCAAACCAUGUUCAACGGUGGCCAAGCUGCUGUUUCGAGGACGCCUGACGCAAGCGUUAUUGAUAUACGCAUAUGCGAAAACUGAAAAGAU